AGCAGGAAUACGCGGCGUCAUAAGGAGAUGUCAGCGCCAACACUGACCUUCGUCAUUGUAGGUCAGGAAGAUAACCCCAUAUAUGAAGUGGAUUUAGCAGGGCCUAAGGAGCAACAAACACAGUACCUUCACCAGUUCGUCCUCCACUCUUCACUAGACGCGGUGGAUGAGCAAAUGUGGAUGAGCAAGGAGCCCCAUCUUAAGGUAGUGGACAGGUUCAACGGCCUCAGCGUGACAGCCUUCGUAACAGCCGGCAACACUCGCUUCCUGCUGCUGCAUGACGGCCGCAGCGACGACUCCAUUCGCGCCUUUUUUAACGAAGUGUACGAGCUGUACCUGCGGGUGUUGCUCAACCCCUUUCACACGCCUACCAGCCGCAUCUCCAGCAGAGAAUUCGACCGAAAAGUAAAGCUUCUCGCGAAGCGGCUGCUUGGGUGACAUACUUAGGGGUACAUACGUCUCAGACUGCGACACGCUCGUGCUGGCACCACCGUUGGCCAGACGCUGACGCUGAGAUGCGUCGGGUGUGCGUUAAAUGUUUGACGGGCGGAAAUGCGUGCCCAUGCAUGCAUGGGCAUAACCGGGGGGGGUCUACGCAUGCGCUUCCAGGGGCGUCAAUGCAUAGUGUGAUGAGAGGAGAGUGAAGACAUCGUGAACGUUUUUGCCAGUCGCUGGGUCGAGAGGUGCGUCGGGUUGUCGGUUUGCCGUGUGCACUCACACCACUGUGAGGCAUCUGACCGGAUUCCGGCAAUCACGCCGGCGGCAACAUGGCCGUUGGGGGCGCGGCAUGGAUGAGGGAGUGCCCGUGACCAAUGAAAUUGAGGUAGCGUGGUAGGUGGGACUGGUGUCGCCAUUCGAUGGACGGGGUUGUUUCGUCGCAUCAUUUUCAGGUUGGGUUACAGAUUCCAGGAGCUUAACCGUUGAGUGCAGCAUCUCACGCUCGCACAGGAGCCCUGCACAAAUGGAAUGUACGAUACCGGGG